AUGGCACUCUACUGGAUGUUUCAACCUAUCCCUAUCUCCAUAACUGGACUCAUCCCCCUGGUGAUGUUUCCGGUUAUGGGUAUCUUGUCUAUGGAGGACGUAUGUUUGAAUUUCAUGACAGAGAGCAUCAUGUUACUCAUUUCGGCUAUUAUAAUAUCAUCAGCUGUUGAGCGUUACAACUUGCAUCGUCGGCUUGCACUACGUACGCUACUGUUUGCAGGAUCGGAACCAAAGCGGUUAUUAUUGUCUUUGAUGAUCACCUCAGCGUUCCUAUCAAUGUGGAUUAUGAACAUGGCUGUUUAUGCAAUGCUAUUUCCAAUAGUACAAGUUUUGGUAGAGGAGCUCGAAAAACAAUCCCGCCAGGACCACAGUAACACAGCGGGUACAGUAAAUAGUGCUUAUGAGCAAGAGCGUCAUGGAAAUAUAACUCGCGACGAGAAUACAAUUGAAAUGCCUGUCGUAGUUGAAGAAUAUAGUAUUGUAACAGAAGAAGAACAAAAGACGGAUAGCUCGUAUACGAGUGACUUGACAAAAAAUGAUACAAAAGGGCCUUCACAUUUGAUGAUGUGUUUUAAUUUGGGAUUGGUUCACGCACUGAUAAUUGGCGGAGUCGGGACACUAGUUGGAACGUAUUUGCCAUUGGCAUUGGUCCAAAACCUGGAGACAUACUAUGGCCCAAGUGCAAAGCCGAAUUUUGGGGAGUGGAUGGUAUAUGCAAUACCAACGCAGAUAAUAUGCUUGGUUCUUGCCUGGACCUGGUUGUCAACUAUGUUUUUGAAGUUAGGUCAAUCUAUUUUACUUUGUUUCUCUGGUCGAAAUAACUGUCGUGAAAAGAAGCAGAUGGCGGAACGUGGUAUUGUGGUUGUAUUACGCAAACAAUAUGACGAACUGGGCGCUAUUAAGUGGUCAGAAAUCGUGGUUAUCUUCAUGUUUCUUGUGCUGAUAGUUAUGUGGCUUUUCCAAGAUCCCAAGUUUGUGACUGGUUGGACAUCAUGGUUCAAACAAGGCUUUGUAAGAAGCAGUACCUUCACUGUUGCAGCUACCAUUCUAUGUUUUAUCAUCCCAAGUACAAGACCAUCGCUGCCGCAUUGCAAUCAUGAUAUUGACAAAUUCAAACCACUGCUAGACUGGCAGUAUGUAGUAGGUCGAGUACCCUGGGAUAUUAUAUUGUUGGCUGGAGGAGGACUCUCGCUUACAGUAGGCGUUAAGGAAUCUGGCCUUGACAUGUUGAUAGCUGACAAGUUGAAUGUUUUGAACUCAUGGGACCCAUGGAUAGUGUUGCUGAUCACUACUACUAUGGGUGCCCUGCUGACCGAAUUUUUAAGUGGUGCAUUGUACUUGAGCAUUAUUCUACCUAUUGUUUACGUAACGGCACACGUGAAAGGAAUUCAUCCAUAUUAUUUUGCCAUACCAAUAACCCAGGCAGCCAACCUGUCAUUCUGUUUACCAGCAGCACAUCCCUUGAACGCAAUGUUGGUGUCGUUCAAAGUCGUCACAGUUCCCACUAUGGCCAAGGUCGGAGUGAUGCUGAACUUUCUAUGUCUCAUUAUUACAAAUAUAUCUAUGAACACAUUUGGUUGGAAGUUCUUCGGCGUUGAUACUGUACCUGAUUGGGCUGUAAUAGACCACGUCAAUGCGACAACAACUGUGGCAGCGGUCACGAAAGAAUCGAGUACAAUAAUCAAUGUAUCGAGAAAUGUUGUUAGCGUUGAGAAUUAUACCGUGACAGCUGCGACAGUUGUUGUCACCUUGAUGAGAUUUAUUACUGCCAAGCAGGCAAGAAGCUCAGAAGAAUUUGUGAAAUAUGAUCCCACAGAAAGCGGCGCAGAUGAAUCGUUCAGUACGAGGGAGGAGACACCUCCACUGGCUGUGCAGAGAUCAAAAACAAUAAGGAGAGUGCCUCAGAGAUAUGGGUGGAACCAGGGAUGCAGCAGUCAGAUGCAUUCCAUGAAGAAGCAUCAACCAGUAAGCAACAAGCCACUGAUGGAGAUGAUAAUGGAUAUUAUGGCGAAGUGUUGUGAAAGAAAGAUGUAG